CGACGCUCCACAGCGGCCAGCGCCUCCAGUCGCUCCCAAUUCCCUCCGCCCGCGGCGCGCCGCUCCGGGCAGCCUCGGUCGCUGCCGCCGCCGCCGCCUCCGCCUACCGCUGCCCGAAGACGCUCUCCGGCCCCUCCCGCCUCCGCCGCCGUCUUCAACCGCUUAUCUGCCAGCGCCCCUACCAAAUCGCCUCUCAGGGCGAUCCAAGUAAAGCAGAUGACUACAUCAGAACCGGUACAGGAAAGCUGGGAGCUGGAACCCAGCAGGCCUCGGGUCCUCCUUGCUGUUUCAGGGAGCGUAGCUGCUAUAAAAUUCGAGAGCCUCUGCCGUAUCUUCUCCGAGUGGGCAGAAGUCCGAGCUGUGGCCACCAAGUCAUCAUUGCACUUUGUUGAUAGAUCAUCUCUGCCUAGCGACGUCAUUCUUUACACCGAUGAUGAUGAGUGGUCUACCUGGACAAAGAUAGGAGACGAGGUUCUACACAUAGAGCUGCGAAAGUGGGCAGACAUCAUGGUGAUCGCCCCCUUAUCAGCAAACACCCUGGCCAAGAUCGCCAGCGGGUUAUGCGACAACCUCCUGACGUGCAUUGUCCGAGCAUGGGACUACAAGAAGCCGAUCUUCGCCGCGCCAGCCAUGAACACCUUCAUGUGGAACAACCCGUUCACGGCGCGCCACAUCGAGACGAUCAACCAACUCGGCAUUUCCCUGGUCCCGCCCACAACGAAGAGGCUGGCCUGCGGCGACUACGGAAACGGCGCGAUGGCUGAGCCCUCGCAGAUCCACACGACCGUGAGGCUCGCGUGCAAGUCGCAGACGUUCGGCAUGGGCAUUUCGCCUGUGAACCCUUCCAGCAGCCGCCCUGUCUAGCUGAUGCGAUGAUGGUCACUAUGUUCAGGUGUUUAUGUUUAGUACUUGAGUUUUCUGUGCCGCCCACAUCUGGGUGUUUAUCGGUGAUGUCUGUACUGACCCAACAUGUAGUACCUAUGGAUCGGCAUAUUUGUUACUGUAGUAGAUGUUAUUAGGGCAUAGAGACUGGGGAGAUGCUGGUUGUUCCAGCCAUAAUGUUAUGCUAUCUAUGGAUGAAUCUGCUUCCGUUCUGAUUUU